CCUCACUUGCUCUUAUAGAGAUGAAGACUUCCUACACAUCUUACAACCAAGGAGGAUCCAGAACAUGAGAAGGCUUUGAGGGUUUUUGUUAUUGCUAUUUCACUUUAUGAAUUAAAAAAAAAAACACAACCAAGAGAAAAGAAAUCCUAUUUGAUCUUCAAUAUUUAACUUUUUUUGAGUUUACAUGGGAAAGAUUUACACACAGUAUAAAUAUUGAUCCUUCUUACAACUCUGGUAUACAGUCUAUAGUCUUAGUAGCACCUAAUGAAUAAACCUAGAGCACCAGUCGGGCAGAUGUCUUCAGUGGUUGCUCCUGCUAAAGACUCUAAUGCAAUGGGAACCAAGGAAGUAGAGCUUAUACUCGUAAAGGAACAAAAUGGAGUUCAGUUUACUAAUUCUGUACUGGUAACCCCAUCCCAGACACAUCCUGAUAAUGAAGAGAGGGAGACCUGGAGUAAGAAGAUUGAUUUUCUUCUUUCCGUUAUUGGAUUUGCUGUGGACUUAGCUAAUGUUUGGAGGUUUCCCUACUUGUGUUACAAAAAUGGUGGAGGUGCAUUUCUAGUGCCAUAUCUGUUUUUUAUGAUAAUUGCUGGGAUGCCUCUUUUCUACAUGGAAUUGGCUAUAGGACAGUUCAACAGAGAAGGAGCUGCAGGUGUUUGGAAGAUAUGUCCAAUAUUCAAAGGUGUUGGCUAUACAGUUAUUCUCAUAUCGUUAUAUGUUGGUUUCUUCUACAAUGUUAUCAUCGCCUGGGCCAUACACUAUCUGUUCUCCUCAUUUACAUCAGAACUUCCUUGGAUUCACUGCAACAAUUCAUGGAAUAGUCCAAACUGUUCAGAGACAAUAUAUAUAAAUUUUAAUGAGUCUGGAUUUUCCUACAUCAAUGAUAGUUAUAGAGUAACACCUGCUGCAGAAUACUUUGAGCGAGGUGUUCUACAUGUUCAUGAAAGUGCAGGAAUCCAUGAUUUAGGCCUGCCACGCUGGAAGCUUACCUCUUGCCUUAUUGUUGUGAUUGUAUUCCUUUAUUUUAGCUUAUGGAAAGGCGUAAAAACCUCUGGCAAGGUAGUGUGGAUUACAGCUACAAUGCCUUAUGUUGUGCUGACAGCAUUGUUACUUCGUGGUAUCACUCUUCCAGGAGCUAUAGAUGGAAUUAAAGCUUAUUUAAGUGUUGAUUUUCUUCGACUUUGUGACCCUUCGGUUUGGAUUGAUGCUGCCACUCAGAUCUGCUUCUCACUUGGUGUUGGAUUUGGUGUGCUAAUCGCCUUUUCCAGUUACAACAAGUUUACAAACAACUGUUACAGAGAUACAAUCAUUACCACUUCAGUCAAUUCUUUGACAAGUUUUUUCUCAGGUUUUGUUAUCUUCUCCUUCCUUGGAUAUAUGUCACAGAAACAUAAUGUGCCAAUUGGUGAUGUUGCAAAAGACGGGCCUGGAUUGAUAUUUAUAAUCUACCCUGAAGCUAUAGCUACUCUGCCACUUUCCUCUGUGUGGGCAGUUAUAUUCUUUAUAAUGCUUGUUACACUUGGAAUUGACAGUGCUAUGGGGGGAAUGGAAUCAGUAAUAACAGGACUCAUUGAUGAAUUCAAGUUCCUACGCAGACAUCGAGAGCUCUUUACACUUUUCAUUGUCCUUUGUACAUUCUUCAUAUCCCUCUCCUGUGUAACCAAUGGUGGAAUUUAUGUUUUUACUCUUCUUGAUCAUUUUGCAGCAGGUACUUCAAUUUUAUUUGGAGUACUCAUUGAAGCCAUUGGAAUUGCAUGGUUUUACGGAGUUGGUCGGUUCAGUGAUGACAUUCAGGAAAUGAUUGGAAAGAGACCAGGAUUGUACUGGAGACUUUGUUGGAAAUUUGUCAGUCCCUGUUUUCUUUUGUUUGUGGUUGUUGUCAGCAUUAUAACCUAUAGGUCUCCAAAAUAUGGAAACUACACAUUCCCAGAAUGGGCAAAUGUAACAGGCUGGUUACUAGCGGCUUCAUCCAUGGCAAUGGUACCUAUCUAUGCUAUAUACAAAUAUUGUACUCUUCCUGGAUCCUUUAAAGAAAAAACUGCUUAUGCUAUAACUCCUGAAAAAGAGUAUGAUCUAAUAGAAAAUGGAGAAGUGCGACAAUUUACACUUCGACAUUGGUUGAGUGUAUAAGACAAUGAACCAAGGGGCAAAUAUCAUCAUCUGUUUCCGAAAGAUUCACAAGACGCGUAUAGCAAGAAAAGAAAACAUGUAUGAUGUACUACUAUCUGAUGAGAGGCAUAAUUGUAUCUGCCAAGAAAGGCUUUCUCUUCAGAAUAUUUGCUCAGUGUCUGUGAAUCAAGAUAGGUAUCAAGAUCAUCUUGUCAAUGUAAUAUCUUUCAUUUGUUCACAGAUUUUUUCUUUUCUUAAUAUAUCCAGAAUAUGUUAUCUGAAAGCAUUAUUUAUGAAAAUAGAACAUCAUACAUAUACAGUAUAUUUAGACAGGGUGCAGUAUACCAAAAUAUAUUAAACCUAAGUAACAAUGUAAUGAGAACUGUAGCACAUGAAGUUACUCAGUGCAUCUAAGUUUUUUCUUUUUGUCUUUAUUUCCUCUCACAAAAAAAAAUAUAGAAAACUUGAAAUAGACAAUAAAUCCUAUUACUUUUCUUAAAUAAUGUUAGUCCCUAAAAUAGUAUAUAUUUGUCUACAGUGAAAAUGUUAGGUUAAGGCUGCCUUCACACUAUAGAAUUAUUCGUUUUAAAGAUCCGUUAAAAUGAUCCUUUAACAAAACCAUU